AUGCUUUAUGUACUUUUAACCACCUGCCCCGUUAGGCCAACCAUAAAGGAUAAAAUUAACCGAGACAGCAGACCGACAUGGGAUGACUUGAAGGACAGAAUUAAGAACCAAGAAGGAAAUAAAAUGUUGGAGGAAUAUGAAAAUGCUAAAUAUGUGGAGGAACUUAACAAGAACAGAGCGGAAAGAAUAAAGCAGCAGGAAAAGAGAUACAUAAAGAAGCUAAAAAAGGAGUAUAAAAAUAAGCGAAAGAAUAAAAGUGACAGUGGAAGUAGCAGCGAAGACAGUUCUACUUCCUCAGAGGAUGACUCGAAAAAGAAGGAGAAAAAGGGAGAGAGAGAAAAAAAAAGAAAAAAUCACAAACAUUCGAGUAAGCAUAAACGAAAAGAAUCCCAUUCUAGUAGUGAAGACGGGCAUUCAAGCGACUCUUCUUCGAGCCAUGAAAAGAAGAAACGGAAAAAGAAAAAAAAGCGUUCCCUGUCUGAGUCCAGUUCAAGUGACUCCAGUGGCCGUCCGCGCAAAAAGCGAGAAAAAAGUGACGAGGUAAAUCCCUAUAAGCUAUCGAGCUUCUUUAAAAUGAAGUGA